AUGAUGCCUGGCCGGACCCUGCGCAAAGCCGCGCCGCCUGCCGCUCCUGCAGAGCGAGAGGCGGCGGUGGAGUGCGCCCUGGAGCUGACCCGCAUCGGCGACAGGUGGGACCUGCGGCAGAGGCUCCUGAACCUGCUCGCCAAGAUCUUCUGCCCCGGAACUUGGGCUGCCCGCAGACACGGCGAGCGGAACGGAAGAGCACCUUGGCUUUGUGGGUUCGGAAGAAGAGGCUCCACAGACAUUGGGAGAUGA